UCGAGACCUCCCGACACAGGCGCGUCAGACUCCACGAGACCUUCUCGCCUUAAAACAGGAGUGCCGUGUUUAAAACGUUCAGCGCGUGACCGCUGCCAUGGGUCGGAUAUGCGGGAGUUUGUGCACGAGGUAAAACACCGGGAGAAGGAGAAUGGCACGGAGCCGGGGCGCGCUCCGCUCCACGGCGCUGCUAGUGUUGGCCUGUUUGCCCGUUUGUGUUGUACUGAGCGCGCAGCUUUCUGCAAAUGACAUUUCGAGAUUUAAUCUGAGCCCCCCGUACUUCAACCUGGCCGAAGGCUCGCGGGUCUCCGCGAGUGCCACAUGCGGCGAGGACCAAAGCGGAACACCGAGAUCGGACCUCUUCUGUAAACUUGUCGGAGGACCAGCUGUCGGACUACCGAGUCAGACUAUACAGGGCCAGUUCUGUGACCUCUGCAAUGCUAACAACCCAGACAAAGCCCACCCCGUGACCCACGCCAUCGACGGCACCGAACGUUGGUGGCAGAGUCCACCUCUCUCCAGGGGCCUGGCGUACAACGAGGUCAAUGUCACCCUGGAUUUGGGCCAGCUGUUCCAUGUGGCAUACAUCAUCAUUAAAUUCGCCAACUCACCACGCCCGGAUCUUUGGAUUCUGGAGCACUCUGUGGAUCACGGGAGGAGCUUCGUGCCCUGGCAGUAUUUUGCACAUUCAAAACAGGACUGCAUAGAAAAGUUUGGCAGGCAAGCCAAUGGUCGAAUCCUUCGCGAUGACGACCAGAUCUGCACUACAGAAUACUCCCGUAUCUUGCCACUGGAGAAUGGAGAGGUCGUUGUUUCGCUUGUGAACGGCCGUCCGGGGUCGAAGAACUUCACCCACUCCCCGGCCCUGCAGGAGUUCACCAAGGCAACCAACAUCCGUCUGCAUUUCCUACGGACCAGCACCCUCCUGGGGCACCUGAUCUCCAAGGCCCAGCGUGACCCUACGGUGACCCGCCGGUAUUACUACAGCAUCAAAGACAUCAGUGUGGGGGGACGGUGUGUGUGCCAUGGUCAUGCCCAGGUGUGUGGCGCACGUGUGCCAGCCAAGCCUACACAACUCCAGUGUGAGUGUCAGCACAACACCUGUGGAGAAUCAUGUGACCGUUGUUGCCCUGGAUACCACCAGAAACCAUGGCGCCCAGCGACUGCACAGAAUCCCAACGAGUGUGAGCCUUGCCAGUGCCACUCGCAUGCCACCGACUGUUACUACGACGCCGACGUGGCAGGCAGACGAGCGAGCUUGAACGUAUACGGCAGGUAUGACGGUGGAGGAGUGUGUCUGAACUGCCAGCACCACACAGCGGGUCUGAACUGUGAGGUGUGCGCACCAGGCUUCUACAGGCCGCACGGGGUGCCGCCGGAGUCGCCCACGGGCUGCGCACCGUGUAGGUGUGACAGCAGGACUACAGCCGGCUGUGAGGUGGGGUCUGGACGCUGUGUGUGUAAAGCCCAGUACAGCGGUGAGAACUGCGACCACUGCGCCCACGGCUACUACCACUACCCACGCUGCAUCUCAUAUCCUGUUCACCUGACCACCACUGAGGCGCCAGCUGGUAAUAUUUUUGAACCACCACAUUGUCCUGUGGGAUUUUUCGGAGCACCUCACUGUCGGCCGUGCGUGUGCGUGCAGGCAGGCACAGUUCCAGAGGUGUGCAGCAGGUCCGGUCAUUGCCUAUGCCGGCCCGGCGUGACGGGCGAGCACUGUGACCGCUGUCGUCUGGGCCAUCACACUUUCCCCUCCUGCCACGCGUGUCGCUGUGACGGACCGGGCGUGGCGGAGAGCGCAUGCGACCAAGCUGGCCACUGCCACUGCCUCCCCAGCCACGCUGGGCCCCGGUGCGAGCGCUGCGCCCCCGGACACUACGCCUACCCCGCCUGCACUCCCUGCUGGUGUUUGCAUGAGGGCACCUGGGAGGGGACCUGCGACCCAGAGACGGGGCGGUGUGUCUGCAGGCCCGGGGUUACGGGGCAACGGUGUGACCGCUGCGUCGAAGCACACCUGCGCUUCCCUCACUGCUCAGCACACAGCAACUUCUGUAACCCAGCAGGGUCAGAGAUCAGCUUUACAAAUCCAGAAACGGACUCGUGUGUGUGCCUGCCCUACGUGGAGGGGUCACAGUGUGAGCUGUGUAAGCCGCUGUACUGGAAUCUGGCCACCGAGAACCCGCGAGGCUGCAUUGAGUGCAUGUGUGAUGUUAAAGGGACUCAGAGCGGUGUGGGUGAAUGUCAACAGGAGAGCGGCAAAUGCUUCUGCAAACCCAACACCUGUAACAUUGCCUGCAACACAUGCCAGGACGGCUACUUCCUCCUCCAGAGGAAGAACUAUUUUGGUUGCCAUGGCUGUCAGUGUGAUGUGGGUGGGGCUAUGGGGCGUGGCUGUGAGGAGACGACCGGCCAGUGCCGGUGCAGGAAGCACAUGCGCGGCCGCACGUGCUCUGAGCCUGAGCCGAACUUCUACCUACCUGACCUACACCACGUGAAGAUAGAGGCUGAGAAUGGCAUCACAACCAACGCCAGGCCUGUGCGCUUCGGCUACGACCAGCGCGAGUUCCCCCAGUUCAGAUGGAGGGGCUACGCCAUCCUGACGGCAGCCCAGAGUGAAGUGUGUGUAAACGUGCAUGUCAAUGAGACCGGCUGGUCCCUCUUCCUCAUGCUGCUGCGCUUCGUUAACGGAGGAGGAGGCAGCGUUACAGGCCACUGCACAGUAUGGCCUGUGGCAGGGUCGCGGCAGAGUAAGGAGGUGCUGUUUCCGCCGAGCCGCUCGCCUGCGUUCCUCACCGUGCCCGGGGAUGGCUUCGCCCAGCCCUUCACCCUGACUCCUGGCAAAUGGAUGGCGUGCCUGCAAGCCGAGGGCGUGCUGCUGGACUACAUGGUGCUGCUGCCCAGUGCCUACUACGACACUGCAGUCCUCCAGCAGGAAGUGACGGAGCCCUGCUCCUACCUGACCUCCACCCAGAGGGGCAACUGUCUCCUCUACGAGCACGUGCCGAUGGACAGGUUCCCGUCUGUACUGGCCUCUCGGGGUGUGACGUCCGUCCGGGGCCGCCGGCGGACACAGAUGCGGAUACGGCGGCCCACAGCCGACCACCCCGAGCUGGUCUCCAUCAGCGGGCGACAGGCCCAGCUGCGGCUGACUCUGCACAUCCCCGAGUCCGGCUCCCACGUCCUGGUUCUAGAGUACGCCAGCGAGGUGGACAUCAUUCAGAACGUGAUCGUAUCGGUCAGCGGUUGGCCGUGGAACCAGACUCAGAUGGUGGCCAACAUCUAUAGCUGUGCCUACAGCUUCCUCUGCCGCUCCGUGGUGCUCGACGCACAGGACCGCAUCGCUCACCUCCUGCUCCCGCCCAAGGCUGACAUCCUGGUGUGGUCACCCACCUCUUCCGUCCUGCUGCAUGCGUGUCUUUGUGUUUAUGCGUUUGUGUGUGUGUGUGCGCGUGUGCUCCUCCCACAGUACCGAGUGUUUGCCAUUCCUUCCGUUGCUUUCACCAUGGAGCUGGUUCAUCCCAAGGUGCUGUGUGUGUCGGUCCAUGGACGCUUCGCAGGGGACAGUAAGCGCUGUUUACAGAGUCAGUUCCCCACUCCUCCUACGGCGCUUGUCCUGGACUCUGCCUCCGUGACGCGGCCGGCCGGAUCUUCCGGCCGGGCCCUGGGGAGGUGUGACGGCCUCCUGCUCAAGUCCCCCCAGACUGAGGUGGAGCUGAGUGUGCAGCUGUCUCAGGCGGGCAGGUACGUGUUUGUUGUGCAAUACUGCCAGCCAGAACAUCCCACCUUCCCUGUGGACGUCCGACUGGACACGGGCAAAACCUGGUCAGGCCGGCUGAACGCCACCUUCUGCCCUGCCGUGUCCGGCUGCAGGGCUGUGGUCAUAGCAGAGCGCCGCAUAGCUCUGGAUGUCCUGCGGCACACACUGAGCAUCACGCUGAAGAUUCCAGAGGGAAAAACUCUAACCCUGGAUUCCAUCCUGGUGCUUCCAGAGGACACCUACCGCCCUGAGCUCCUUAGCCCGGAAGCUCGGGAUAAGUCUUCCGACUUCGCCAGCCAGUGUGGUGCUCAGGGCUUUUCCAUUGACCCCCGCACCUCCUCGGAGUUCUGCAAGACGUCGGCCCGCUCCCUGGUUGCCCACUACCACGACGGCGCUCUGCCCUGCUAUUGUGACAAAGCCGGCUCAACAAGCCCUACCUGUGAGCCAAUAGGAGGCCAGUGUCACUGCAGGCCUCACGUCAUUGGCCGGCAGUGCACCCGCUGCGCCACAGGCUUCUACGGCUUCCCCUACUGCAGACCAUGCGAGUGUGGGCGGCGUCUGUGUGACGAGGUCACCGGAGAGUGUAUCUGCCCCCCGCAGACAGUGAGGCCCGCAUGUGACGUGUGUAAGGGCCAGACCUUCAGCUAUCACCCCUUGCUGGGCUGCGAGAACUGUGACUGCUCUCUGAGCGGAAUUCCCUCCGGAGACUCAGGCCAGUGCCAUGUCACCACAGGCCAGUGCACCUGUAAGGCCAGAAUAGGUGGGCGGCAGUGCUCGCGGUGUCUGGCCGGCUAUCACGGCUUUCCGGACUGUGCUCCGUGCUCAUGCGACAGUGGUGGGGUGAUGCCGCAGAUCUGUGACCCUGCCAACGGCCGCUGCCUCUGCAAGAGUAAUGUGGAGGGACCACGCUGUGAUAUGUGUCGGAGGGGCUCCUUCCACUUUGACCCCGCCAACCCCAAAGGCUGCACAGAGUGCUUCUGCUUUGGUGUCACCCAUCAGUGCCACAGCUCAGAAAAACGCAGAACAAAGUUUGUAGACAUGCGGUCAUGGCGCCUGGUGACCCCUGAGCUGGAAGAGGUCCGAUCUGUCCUGAACCCUCUGAGCAACACUGUGGUGGCCGACGUUCAGGAGCUUUCUCCGUCUGUGGUGCAGCUGUACUGGGUGUUGCCGCAGACGUACCUGGGGGACAAGGUGUCGUCAUAUGGGGGCUACCUGACGUAUCAGACCAAAUCUUUUGGCAUUCCUCAUGAGGGGAUGAAGUUGCUGGAUAAACAGCCUGAAGUUCUUCUCAAGGGCCAGAAUGUCACGCUGGUGUACCAGGAGCCUCAGUCUCCCACCCCAGACAGACCCUACCAGGGCCGGGUGCAGCUCGUCGAGGGCAACUUCCGGCACUCCGGUACCAACCGUCCCGCGUCGAGGGAGGACAUGAUGCGCGUGCUCGCAGGACUGCAGGGGGUGUGGCUCCGCGCCCUGCACUUCUCCAGCAGCCAACGGCUGAGUGUGGGCGGGGCCGGACUGGAGGAGGCCAGCAUAGCGGGCAGCGGCAGCCCCGCCCACACCGUGGAAGUGUGUGCCUGUCCCCCACGGUACGCCGGAGGCUCCUGCCAGAGAUGUGCUCCUGGUUACUAUAGAGACAGGAGUGACCGCUGUGUGCCCUGCGCUUGUAAUGGACUUUCAGAUGACUGUGAGGAAAGUACAGGAAGAUGCCGGAACUGCCAGGCCAACACCGCUGGGUACCACUGUGAGCGAUGCAAGGAGGGCUACCACGGCAACGCAGCCCUGAGGACCUGCCGGCUCUGCCCCUGCCCACAUGGUCACUACGGCAACAAUUUUGCUGUGGGCUGUCAUGAGGUGAACGGAAGAUUUCAGUGUCUCUGCAAACCGGGCUACACUGGAGAAAGAUGCGAGAGGUGUGCCCCUGGUUACUAUGGCAACCCAGAGGUUUCUGGAGGCAGCUGUCGGCCAUGCGACUGCAACGGGAACUCCUGUUCCCCAAAGACUGGAGUGUGCAGUAACUCACAGGAACCCAAAGACACAAACACGCAUGAAGAAUGCCCGGUGUGUGACAGCUGUGCUCAGACCUUACUAAUCGAUCUGGAGAGGCUUGAUGACAAGCUGGCUGAGAUAAAGCUUCAGCUGGACACAGUGAAUUCCAGCUCCACAGCUCGUGACCGUUUAAAGAAGCUGGAGCAAGCCAUCGCUGCCACAAAGUACGUGGUGACGGAUUAUGGCGCCGUGGUGGACAGGCUGGGCCCUAAAGUGGUGGAGCUGGAGCGAGACUCGCACAGCCUGACGGGAGACGUUAACCUGCUCAAACAACAGGCUGAGAAGAGGUCAAAAGAUGCCCGAAAGGCCAUCGAGAGGCUGGAGAAAACUCACCAGAAGGCUAAGGACCUGAACAUUCAGACACUGGACCUACUCAGGAAAAUCCAAGACCUGCUAAAGCAGUUGAGUGACCCGGAGUCCGACGGGGGGACACUGUCCACGGUGGAAACCCUCCGGCUGCUGGAGCAGGCGGAGAAAAUGGUCAGGGAGAUGGAGAACCGGAGCUUUGCACCCCAGAGAAGCGCAGCCGAGGAGGAGCUGGACGAGGCGAAGAAGCUUCUAGAGUUCAUCAAGAGCAACUGCACAAAACAAUAUGAACAGAACCAGCAGGCUGCGAAGAAGAUCGGUGAGCUUCUGAAAGACUUCGAGGCCAAGCUGAAGGAGCUGGAGGAGGCCCUGAAAGAGGCCAGAGACAUGGUGCAGAAAGCCAACAGUCAAAACACCCUCAACUCACAGGCCCUGACUGAUCUGCUGAAACGAAUUAAGAAUUUGGAGAAAGAGCGAGACAACGUUGCUAAGGAUAUCGUCAUAGCGACGCGGCAACUUAAAGACACGGACAACCUCCUGAAAAAGCUCAGCGACAGCAAAAAGGAGUAUGAGCAGCUGGCGGCCCAGCUGGACGGUGCCAAGACGGACCUCAGCGACAGGGUGAACGACAUCUCGCGGGCCGCCGGCAUGGAGGGCCUGGUGAAGAGAGCGGAGGACCACGCGGCCCUCCUCGACAGGCUAGCCCGUGAGCUGCAGGAGGCAAUCCGGAACUCGAGUGGGCGCGGCGACGUGAAGGAUGCUCUGGCCGCCGUCGACGCCUACAAGAACAUCACGGAGGCGGUGAACGCGGCAGAGGAAGCGGCCAGGAAGGCCAAGGAGGCAGCCGACAAGGCUCAGAAAGAUGUGAGUCAGGGCGAUAUACCCAACAGAUCAAAAAAUCUGAAGGACAAAAGCAACCGGCUCCUCAAAGAUGCUAAGAAUGCUGCCAAAGAUCUUAAACAAGUCACGGAGGAUCUGACAAACCAGCAGGAGCGUUUGGAAGCUGCAGGGAAGAAGAAGGCCACGCUCGAGAAAAAGCUGCUCACCAUCACCGACGGUCUGAAGGGCGUCCAGCGAGACGACAUCGGUACGAUGAUCGAUGCAGCCAAGCGGAAGGCGGCCGCGGCAAAUGCCUCUGCCACAGACACCCUGGACAAGCUGAGAAGCAUCGGCGACGAGGUGAAGAAGAUCAGCCUCACACCGUCCGGCUCCAACAUCGACCGCAUGCUCGACGACGUGGACAUGACAGUGAAGAAUCUGAGCAACUCCAUCCCCUCUCUGCUGGAUAAGAUCACCCAGGUGGAGAGUCUAAGCUCGCAGAUCGACCCCAACAACAACAUAUCCAGCAACAUCAAUCGCAUUAAGGAGCUUAUCGAGCAAGCGCGCGAUGCCGCUAACAGGAUCUCCAUCCCCAUGAAGUUCACAGGCAGUGAGUACGUGGAGCUGCGGCCGCCCAAGAACCUGGCGGACGUGCGAGCGUACACGGCCUUCAACCUGCUUCUGCAGCGGCCCAAGGGGACGUCCCGCGGAGACGGACGUCGCAGGCGCCAGCAGACUGCCCGCGAUGCCGGCGACCUCUUCGUGCUCUACCUCGGCAACAGCGACACAUCUAAGGACUACCUCGGCAUGGCUCUGAGGAGCAACGUCCUCUAUUUCAUUUACAAGCUGAAUGGGAAUGUUUACGAGAUCAAGUCUGACACCAUCACGGACUCGGACCCAGAGCCUGCCUUCUUUGACAAAGUGGAUGUCUACAGAAUUUACCAAGACGCUGAGGUCAAUCUCACAAAACUAUUCACAUCGAAUAAACCUGAUGAGCCCCUGACAAACACGAAGCAAGGAGAACCAAAUUACAACCUGCUGGACCUUGACCCCAGUGAGGUGGUCUUCUAUGUAGGAGGGUAUCCAGAUGACUUCACCCCUCCAGAUCCUCUUAAAUACCCCAAAUACAGGGGCUGUAUUGAGCUCUCCACCUUCAACGAGAGGUUCAUAAGCUUGUACAACUUUAAAUCACUGAAGCCUGACAACGUCACGCUACAGGUGCCGUGUAAGAGAUAUGUGCAGCCCACCGUGUCCGAGUACUUUGAGGGUUCAGGUUAUGCUAAAGUUCCGCUGGACAAGGUUUCCAGAGUGCUGUCCCUCGCGCAGGCAAUGGAGACGCGCGCGGAAAACGCCGUCCUGCUCUACAUCGGAGAUGAGAACUCCUACUACAGCAUCACCCUGGAGAAAGGCUACAUGGUGUUGCGCGGACGCGACGGAGACAACGUGCUGGAGCCCAGGAAGAGCGAGAAGAAACAGGAUGUGAAUGGCGAGCUGAAGGUGAUCUUUGACAGUGCAAACCAGAUCGUGAGGGUGCGAAUGAAAAACACAGAAGUUCUGACCGGGCCGUACUCGCAAGGAAACUUCAAAAGCUAUUAUAUCGGAGGCGUUCCCAGCGAUUUGAGAGAGAGAGACAACAUCACAGCAGUGCCUCUAAAGGGCUGUGUGUUCAGCGUCAACGCUGCCGGCAGAACUCCGACCAUCGCGGAGAAAGUGGGCGUGAGCCGAGGCUGUCCCAAAGAAAUGCUGACCUCCAGGAAGGCGGAGUUCUGUACAGGAGGGUCCUUGGAAGCCCCGCCCAAGGACUUUGACCUGGCCGGGGAUGUGACGCUGUCUCUGGGCUUCAAGAGCACGGAGAACGAAGGCCUACUCCUGCAGAACAAACAAGCUGGCCGAGAUCUAGGGCUCAGAAUGGUGAACGGAUCUGUGAUGCUUCAAAUCCAAGACACCGUGUGGAAAUCCAACAAGCAGUACCAAGACGGCGAAUGGCAUUAUCUUACUGUUAUCAAGCGUGGACAAAGUGUUGAGCUCCGAGUCGAUGAGCAGGACGUGGGUGAGAUCCAAGACUCCAUGCCUCAGACCAUCAACUCGGAUAACAUCGUCUUGGGCAACGGCGACUUCACAGGCUGCCUGGCUAAUGUCUACUUGAGAAGGCCCCGUAUUCAGUGGCGAGCAGAGGACCUGAGCUUGUUCACCUCCACGGGCGACAUUCUCCUGGAUGUGUGCACCGUCACACCACCACCCCAGAGCAUGCUGGCCCGCCACGGGUCCAGCCGCUCGCAAAAGGACAGCAGAGGGACGCUGAAACGCGAAGGAGCCGCCGCCUGCUUCCUCCCCACUGCGCUUGGACAUUCUUUCCAGCUGGCAGGAACUCCCAGCAGCGCCACCUUCAGGGCUCCGCCUGCGGCCAUCUCCUCCAGGCCCUUCUUUUCCCUGGAUGUUCGGACGAGGUCGGCUGAGGGUCUGCUGCUCUACAGUCCCUCGGAGCAGGAGGAGUUCCACCUGGCUCUCUACGUGUCCAAGGGGAGAAUCCGCUUGUCGGUCGGCCGCCGGAGAGAAAUCUUCAACCGGGAAAAGUACAACGACGGAAAGUGGCACACGGUGACGCUGAGCCUGGAGAAACGCAGGUUCCGCCUGGUGAUUGAUGGCCUGAGGGCCCAGGACGGACUGCUGGAGGCAGGAGAGAGCUCAUCUCUGCAGCUGAGCUCAACCGUUUAUCUGGGCACCCCUCCAACAUCCACACAGGCUGAUCUCAAGUGGAAAGUUUUGCCCGAGCAUGGUGUGGUAGGCUGUGUACGCAACUUCAAGAUGAACGGCAUGCCUGCAGCAGCACCGUUGAUGAACCAUGGGGUGGGUCCUUGUUUUGAGGGCCAUGCAGAGAGUGGAGCUUACUUCUCAGGACAGGGAGCCUAUGUCAUCGCUGAUGACUCCUUGGUGUUGGGCCAGCAGAGCUUUGAGCUGGUGUUCGAGGUGCGGCCCAGUACAGAGACCGGCCUCCUGCUGCACGUGGGAGAUGCCCACCAUGUCACCGUGUUCAUGCGGCAAGGAGAGGUGGUUGCCCAGGUGAAUAAGGGUGGGGGUGAAUUCAGCGUGGCUGUGCGACCAAAGCAUCCCCUGUGUGAUGGGGUAUUCCACCGGAUAGCAGUUAUCCAGAGCAGUAAUGUGGUGGAGAUGCAUGUUGACACAGAGGGCAUGUAUACAAUAGGACUGAGCAGCACCUCCCCUCCCAAGGCCACGUACCCUGUCUAUGUAGGCGGCGUUCCAGAUCAUCUUAAUUUCUCGAGCCUCCCUGUUUCUGAGUCCUAUGUCGGCUGUCUCCAGAACGUUCUGAUCAACGGUGCUGCGGUCAUCCUCGAGAAGCUGUCCAGGGUGUUCGGCCCCGUCAGUCUCCGAGACUGUCCGUCUAACUUGAGGCGUUCUCGGCCCAGCCGCGAGGCCUAGUCUGUUUGACCGCUGUAGGCGCGAGGGCCCGGUCCAGCACAGGGGUUCGUCCCUCCAGCCACGCAGCCUCCGCCCUGGACAGUCCAGCUCCAUUAUGUUCCUGCCCUUACGCCCGUCCUGUGUGAUUAUCAGUUGAACCACAACCUGGACACAUGAUCAGACGUUCCAUCUCCAAACAUCUCUAACAGGGAUCCUCUAGCCAAGCACUAGAUUUUCCCUAAACAACACGAUCCAAGUUUAUUUUCUCUUUGGACAAUAUUAUUUGCUGGCAUGAAGAAUAUAAAGUGUAUUAGUUAUUUAAUGUUAAUAUAUUAAUUCCUCUUAAUUUAAGUGUCAUAUUAACACGGAUGAAUCUGAAUUUGUGUGGGUGAGUUUGUGUCCACCUGAUGUACUGUAUAUCAAAAUUUUUGUAAGUUGUAUUAUAUUUUGUGAAAAACUUGUAAGGUAAGAUUAUGGACCAUUUUUAUACUGUUGAUUCCAUCUGCAAGUUUAUUUCAUUAAAAUUCUUUUUCUCAAGGAA